AUGACGGACAACAGUAGUGAGGUGGUGGACUGGGAGACGUUAAAUGAUGCUAGUUACGUCUCGAUAGGAGUGUAUCUUAUUACACUGGCCCCUACAGCCAUGUUUGGAAACUGUCUCGUUCUUUUUGUAUUCUGGCGGAAGAGCUUGUACAAGAGACCGGUAAAUUGGUUCAUUGUCAAUCUAGCGGUGGCGGAUCUAACAGUUUCUCUUUUGGCACUUCCAAUGUCAGCGACCACCGCCUUUAGCAAGAGGUGGAACCUCGAAGUAGCAGGUUGUCAAUUGUACGCUUUUAUCAGUUUCGCAGGCGCUUGCAACAACAUUUUGACUUAUGCCGCUAUUAGCUAUUUCCGCUGCCAGAUUGUCUGCAAGAACAGAUACAUAGCCCGAGUAAAGUAUGGGCGGAUCCUGGGAACUUUAGUGGCGAUCUGGAGCUUCAGUAUUCUUUGGACUCUUUCCCCACUCCUGGGAUGGAACACUUAUGAGUUGGAGCCGUACAACAUAACCUGUAGUAUUCGCUGGACUGGUCACUCGCUUGGUGAUAAGUCCUAUGUAUGGCUGUGUUUGCUGUUUGUCUAUAUAUUCCCGAUGACCAUUUCCCUCAUGAUGACAGUGACAUUCGUAUUUACUUGGACACCUUAUGCCAUCUUGUCUACAGUAGCUGCAGCUGGUAUUAACAUCACAUCACCGAUCGCAUUACUACCAACACUAUUCGCAAAAUCCUCUUGUGCAUACAAUCCAUUUAUGUUCUUUCUAAGCCACAAUACAUUCAAAUCUUUCAAAUGGGGCUUCGCCUCGUGCACGAAAAACAAUGCCGAGGAUUCUGGGAGGCUAUACAUGAGCAGGGUGAAGUUUAACAAUCGUGUGGAACCUUCAGAUUUACCCAGGUGUUCCACAGGUGAGAGGAAUGUGACACAAACUACAAAACAACAUCACAGCAAUUUAAAAGGUGUUACACUAACCAUUUCUGACGUGGAAGAAACUGGUGUUUAA